AUGGAGGCUGUUGGUGCGGCAGCCAGCCUUGUCGGAAUUGCUGAUUUUGCCCUGACAGUCGGGGAGACGAUCUGGAAGAUCAGGAAACUAUGGGUCGAGGUCCAGGAGGCUCCUGACACUAUCAAAUCCCUCCAGCGCGAGAUCAGCAUGCUCGAGAAGGUCCUCCCUGGGGUGAACCCCAAUUCUGAUGCUGAGCAUGUCGCAAGCCAUUGUCGAGAAGCUCUGGGCGAUUUGCAAAACCUGGUGAAGGAUCUGAGCAGCGAGAUUGACUCCGGAAAACGCAGGAGGCGGGGGCUUGCAAAGCUUAAGGUACUUCUGAAGAAGGGCGAUGUCGAGAAGUUUCAGUGCAGUCUGGAUAGAGCGCUCAAUUCAAUGCAGAUUGCCCUGGCCAGCUUCCAGGCCACUCAGGCCAGUUUGCAGUCGACUCAGUUGGAUAUGGUGUGCAUCCAAAUGGUCCAGCUUACCACGCUGGUACAACAACAGGCUGUGGCUAUGGACGAGAUGCGCAUGAAGGCACUUCGCGACAAGCAACAGGCGGCCGAAUACUUGCAAAAAGAAGGUGAAGAUGAUAUGCCGAAUAAGGCAAGAUACAGUCUUCGAAAGCGAGGCCGCAUCCCAGAGCUUCCCUGGGUCGAGCCGUCAUCCUCUGGCUAUGCAAUACUCAGGUCCUCCAGAUCGAAAACCUCAUCCAUAUGCAAGUUGCUUUGA